CACCCCCAGGUGAGCUCAGGCCUGGGCGGUGUCGGCUGUCUCUCCCUGGGCGCGGCUGGCUGGCUGGCAGGGACAGCUAGGAACCGAGCCGACUGACCCACUGGCCCAGGACCUGGUGGAGGGCCAUGCAGGGCAGGGUGGUCCGGCCAGAGACAGAGCCCUGUUGAGCCCCCAGCCCCAGCCCCAGUCUGAGGCCCAGGCUGCUCCUGCCACCAUGCAGGACAGUAAUUUCCUGCUUUCUGCCCUGCAGCCUGAGGCCGGGGUCUGCUCCCUAGCCCUGCCCUCCGACCUGCAGCUGGACCAGAAGAACAAAGAGGCUCUGGAGGCAGAGCGCGAACGGCUGAAGGUGGCCCGGGUGCAGGAACAGGUCCGCGCCAGGAUGCUCCAGCUGGGUCAGCCUUCGAGGGUCAAUGGCUCCCUGGCCGGCGCCCUGAUGGAUUCUGCAACCAGCACAGGCCUAGACAACUCCAGAGGUGUCUCCAGGGGUCAAUAUCACACAAUGCAGUCUGGUGCUGGCUUCAGCUCCCGCUCCCAGGGCAUGAGCAUGGACAAGGCCUCGACUUUCCGGCCCAUCUCCAAGCCAGUAUACGGGACAGCAGCCUGGUCCUCACGCUCUGCUGUGGACCUAAGCUAUGGCCGGAGGUUGAGCUCUGUGCACAAUGGAGGAGGCUCCUACGGGUCCACGGGCUAUGCGGGGGCCCAGCCUGCAGUCCCAGCAGCACCCCGACCCGUCUCCUACCAUGACCGUGGGGGCCCUAGCCCCAGGGCUGACUAUGAAACGCUGAGCCUGCGUUCUCUGCGCCUGGUGGGGGGUCCCCCUGGAGGCCUGGAUGACCGCUAUAGUGUGGUGUCUGAGCAGCUUGAGCCUCCAGGAGGGGCUUCCUACAGGGCCUUCAGUUAUGAGCGACAGGCGAGCUCAGCCUCCAGUCAUGCAGGGGGACUGGACUGGCCUGAAGCUGCAGACGGAGCCCCUAGCCGGACCAUCCGAGCACCAGCCAUGCGGACCCUGCAGCGUUUCCAGAGCAGCCACCGAAGCCGGGGGACAGCCUCGAUGGGAGCUGGUGGAGGCCUGGAGCAUGUGGCCCGAGCCCCCUCAGUCCGCAGCCUCAGCCUCAGUCUGGCUGACUCUGGACAUCUGCCUGAUGUGCGAGGUCUAGACAGCUAUGGGGGUCAUCGUACUCUACAACGGCUCAGCAGUGGCUUUGAUGACAUCGACCUUCCCUCUGCUGUCAAGUACCUUAUGGCCUCAGACCCCAACCUGCAGGUUCUGGGAGCCGCCUACAUCCAGCACAAGUGUUACAGUGACGCGGCGGCCAAGAAACAGGCCCGCAGCCUACAGGCCGUGCCGAAGCUGGUGAAACUGUUCAACCACGCCAACCAGGAGGUGCAGAGGCACGCGACCGGGGCCACGCGGAACCUCAUCUAUGACAAUGCGGACAACAAGCUGGCUCUGGUGGAGGAGAACGGGAUCUUCGAGCUGCUGAGGACGCUGCGAGAACAGGACGAUGAACUGCGCAAGAAUGUCACGGGAAUUCUGUGGAACCUGUCAUCCAGUGACCACCUGAAGGACCGCCUGGCCCGAGACACCCUGGAGCAGCUGACCGACCUGGUGCUGAGCCCCCUCUCAGGCUCCGGGGGGCCUCCCCUCAUCCAGCAGAAUGCCUCUGAGGCCGAGAUCUUCUACAAUGCCACCGGCUUCCUCAGAAACCUGAGCUCAGCCUCCCAGGCCACACGGCAGAGGAUGCGAGAGUGCCAUGGCCUAGUGGACGCCCUGGUCACCUACAUCCACCAUGCCCUGGACGUGGGCAAAUGUGAGGACAAGAGCGUGGAGAAUGCAGUGUGUGUGCUCAGAAACCUCUCCUACCGCCUGUAUGACGAGAUGCCACCAUCAGCACUACAGAGGCUGGAGGGCCGAGGACGCGGGGAAGCCGGGGCCGGGAGGCCCGGGGAGGUCGUGGGCUGCUUCACCCCCCAGAGCAGGAGGCUGCGAGAGCUGCCCCUGGCGACAGAUACAUUGACCUUUGCUGAGGUCUCCAAGGAUCCCAAGGGGCUCGAGUGGCUAUGGAGUCCCCAGAUUGUGGGUCUGUACAACCGACUUCUUCAACGGUGUGAGCUGAACAGGCACACAACGGAGGCUGCUGCUGGAGCCCUGCAGAACAUCACCGCUGGGGACCGCAGGUGGGCAGGUGUGCUGAGCCGCCUAGCCCUGGAGCAGGAACGCAUCUUGAACCCCUUGUUGGACCGAGUUCGGACAGCUGACCAUCACCAGCUGCGCUCACUCACUGGCCUCAUCCGGAAUCUGUCACGGAAUGCCCGGAACAAGGAUGAGAUGUACCUGAUAGUGAAAAGUCCUCCCGAGCAGCCUCUAGCCUUUUGGCCAACAUGUGGCAGUACAGCAAACUGCACCGGGAUUUCCGGGCGAAAGGCUAUCGAAAGGAGGAUUUCCUGGGUCCAUAAACCAUCUGAAGAGGAAGAGGUGUGGGGGAGAAGGGGACUGAGUGGACCCCUCCCCCACCGCUGCAUGGGACUAUCUUGGCUCAGCCCUGCCCUGGCCUCUUGGCCCCUGGCCCUGUCUCCUUGGAUCUGCCUGGGUCUGGCCUCUUGGUCCCCACUGCCAUUUUGGGUGGGGUGCUGAAGCAGGCUGACUGCUUACAGAAUGGUUCAAGGGGGAGAGCUCACAUUAAGUACAUGUUCAAGACUCAGGGGAACUUUGGGGGCUUUGGGGUGAGCUUGGCUAUCAAGAUGGGGCAAAAGCCCCUGGCUUCUGGGUGUAGGGAUGCUUGGGAAUCCUUCGGUGUUUUAGGGGGGCUCCAAUCUCUGGAGGCCACCACUGCUAUGGCUCCAGUGUUCCCCAGGGACUCCUCAAUGCUUGGCACAGGGGUACAGUCACAGCCUUGGAGGUCAGGGCCCGAGGCUGGCCUGGGAGGGGCUGGGGCUGGGGCUGGGACAAUAAAAGAGGCACUGGUCUGGUG